CAACUCCCGGUUCGGAUACAAUUCAGUCUCCUCGCAUUUAGUUGUCAACUACGCGAGAAGGAGGAGAACCAGGCACAGAAGCUGGGUCAAUGGGGGCUCUGUUAAUUCCAAGACUGACCCUUUCCCUAACAGUCAUAUACUUUUUCUUACUCCUCUCAAAAUCUUCUUCUCAAGAGAUCCGUAUCAACAAUGCCGAGCGUAGAAUUGAUUUGAGUACACACAUCGUCAAGGUCUUUCUUACUCUGAAGGUUGAGAAUACUGGGAAAAAUGCUGCUUCAGAAAUCCUGCUUGCUUUCCCACCUACUCAAGCUGAUCACGUAGCAUUUGUUGAAGCGUUAGCAACUACUGGAAAACGGAAGAAGAAAACUUAUGUGCCUCUUCUUGUAAAACCAACAGAGCUACCUGAUUCACCAAAUGGAAAAUAAUAUUUCAGUAUCUCAUUGGUUAAUCCACUGAAUUCAGGUGACACCACAACACUGGAAGUGCUCUAUGUAUUUACUCACUUUCUAGAGCCUUUCCCAAUGGAGAUAAGCCAGUCUGAAUCUCAGUUGGUAUAUUACCGCGAUAGUGCACUAAUAUUAUCACCAUAUUAUAUUAAGCAGCAGACAACUUUUAUUAAGACACCAAGUACUAAGGUGGAAUCAUUUACUAGGGUGGAUCCUACCAACCGAGCUGGUACCGAAAUGAAGUACGGACCCUAUGAGGAUCAGCCUCCAUAUUCAUAUUCUCCAAUUAUUGUUCAUUUUGAAAAUAACAACCCAUUUGCUGUUGUUGAGGAGCUUGUACGAGAAGUGGAAAUAUCUCACUGGGGCAGCAUUCAGAUUACAGAACAUUACAGGUUGGUUCACGCUGGUGCUCGACAUAAUGGCGUAUUUUCAAGGGUUGAAUUUCAAUCUAGGCCAUCUGUUAGUGGUAUAUCCUCCUUCAGACACCUCUUGGCAAGACUACCCCCUAGAGUUCACUCUGUCUACUACCGAGAUGAAAUUGGAAACAUCUCAUCAUCACAUUUGCGCACUGAUUCUCAAAAGUCAGACCUAGAGAUAGAACCACGUUAUCCUUUAUUUGGUGGUUGGAAAACCACUUUUGUUAUUGGCUAUGGGGUUCCAUUGCAAGACUUCCUUUUUGAGUCACCUGAUGGCAGGCGAUACCUCAACUUUACUUUUGGGUGCCCUCUUGCUGAGACAGUGGUUGACAAUUUGACCAUCAAAGUUGUGCUGCCAGAGGGAUCAAAAGAUCCUUUUGCUGUUCUUCCGUUUUCAGUGGAGCAACAACUGGAGACCAAGUAUUCGUACCUUGAUGUCAUAGGGAGGACUGUGCUUGUUCUGGAAAAGAAAAAUGUUGUUCCUAUGCACAACACUCUUUUCCAGGUGUAUUACACAUUCAACCCAAUCUUCAUGCUUGCGGAGCCAUUAAUGCUAGCAUCUGUUUUCUUCCUGUUUUUCGUGGCCUGUGUAGCUUACCUACACAUUGAUCUUUCUAUACGUAAAUGAAUUUAAAUCAUGGUACAUGUCAAAGGUAUUCUUAUGCAACUGUGUAGCUACACGUUACACAUGACAUCUUUACUCUGUAGCUUGGAUUAGUUAGUCACUUCAAUGUUGUAAGACUAAUGGGACUGAGCAUAUCUGGAGCUAGAAUUUGCUGGAUCAUUUGCAUUCUGUAGAGGAUUUUGAAAAUGUUAUUUACGAUAUUAGUCUGCAA